AUGGCUCCCACUACCCUUUCUGCUUUGUGGCACCUCGACACCCCCAAACGGGUUUCGGGCUACUUCAGAAGCCCUUCACGUGAACCCCUUAAACUACAGAACUUCAUCGAGAACCAUUUUCUUGAUUACGAGCACACUUCGGAAUGGAUUGACUCAUUUGCCCCUCGUUCGGGCAAACUCCUUGCAAAGGUUCCGCGGAGUCCUGCAAACGUCGUUGAAUACGCCGUCAAUGUCGCAUCUCGGGCUUUCCCAGCAUGGUCUCACACCACAGCUGAGUAUCGGUCCGAAAUUCUCCUCCGCAUUGCGUCUAUUAUGGAGCAGAAGAAAGAACUGUUUGUGUUGUGGGAAAACUCCGACCAUGGCAAGCCUGUCUUUCGGGCUCGGGUCGAAGUGGAGCGUUCUAUUGAACAGUUCCGCUACUUCGCCAACUACAUUCUUGAGAACGACAGUGCGGUGCAUCUCAACAAAGACCUAGGAGCGUCUACUCUGACCUACGAGCACCGAGUGCCAGUGGGUAUUUACGCCAUCGUGACUUCGUGGAACAUGCCACUUUACCUUUUGGCCUCGAAGAUUGCCCCCUGCCUUGCAUUCGGUUGCACUGGUGUGGCCAAGCCCAGCGAAUUGGCUAGCGUCACUGCUUUUUUGUUCAGCGAAGUCCUUCGACGUGCAGAGCUACCACCUGGUGUUAUGAACAUCGUUCUCGGAGAUGGAGCCGGCACUGGUUCGACCCUUGUUAGCUCGCCGCUUAUUCAGGGGGUUUCAUUCACUGGAGGUGUCAAGGCAGGCAUUCAGAUUCGAGAGAAGACUGCCCCCGACAUUCACAAGCAGUUGUUUCUCGAGAUCAAAGGCAGUUGCCCUACUGUUGUCUUUGGCGAUGCCAAUAUGGAUGUGGCAGCUGCUACUGCAGCUUCCGCGGUGUUUGAGAAUAGUGGCCAACUCUGUCUCAGCGGUUCUCGUAUCUACGUCCACCGAUCGGUUUACGAAGUGUUUCUGCCACGGCUUAUCCGAUACAUCCAUUUGAAUUACGGCGUGCACAUAGGACUUGGUCCAGUUAUUUCUCCAGAGUAUUAUGCCAAGAUCCGAUCUUACCUCGUGGAGGCUAGUGAACAACCUGCCAAUAUCAAGUUUGAGACCGGCGAUGUUCCCGCUGAAGUUCCACAAGAUGGUUUCUGGAUCCAUCCAACCAUCCUGAGAGGCGUUCGCACCCAUGGUCCCGUGGAACGGGAAAUCUUCGGACCUGUGGCGACUGUUUAUCAAUUUGAUCGGGAGGAGGAAGUCAUCAGACUGUGCAACGACAAUCCUAAUGGAAUGGGCGCUGUUAUCUUGACUGAUGAUAUGGCCCGGAUGAGCCGAGUCGGAAAGCAUCUCGACGCAAGCGUUGUGUGGGCGGACUGCUGGCUUGGUCGUGACCUCGGGGCCGGCCUCACCGACUUGAGGGCGACUGGCAGUGGCCAAGAAGGAGGUACACGCGGUCGCGAUAUGUUCACACGUUUGCGCGCAGUGCAUGUUCCGUCUUACUAA